GGCGACAUGUCAUCAGUCUGCAGUACUGCAGAUUUUCGUCCUGAAGUCCCAAAGGAGGAAGAUGAAGAAACAAACACGCCUGUGGACUGCUGCAGCGACAAGUUUUACAGUGGCUGUCCACUCCUGGACAUAGACACUUCCCAGGGCCGUGGGAAAGUCUGGUUUAAUUUCAGGAGAACUUGUUUCACUAUUGUAGAGAACAACUACUUUGAGACAUUCAUCAUAUUCAUGAUCCUGCUGAGCAGCGGUGCUCUGGCUUUUGAAGAUAUCUACAUGGAGCAGCGUCGGGUCAUAAAGACGAUCCUGGAGUAUGCGGAUCAGGUGUUCACCUACGUGUUCGUGGUGGAGAUGGUUCUCAAGUGGGUCGCCUAUGGAUUCAAGACCUACUUCACCAACGCCUGGUGCUGGCUUGACUUCCUCAUUGUAGAUGUGUCUCUGGUGUCGCUAACAGCAAAUAUCCUGGGAUACUCUGAGCUGGGAGCCAUCAAGUCCUUGCGGACCCUAAGAGCUCUGAGGCCCCUAAGAGCCCUCUCCCGCUUUGAGGGGAUGAAGGUGGUGGUUAAUGCUCUGGUUGGAGCAGUCCCAUCAAUCUUCAACGUCCUCCUUGUGUGUCUGAUCUUCUGGCUGAUAUUCGGCAUCAUGGGCGUGAACCUGUUUGCAGGAAAGUUUUAUUACUGCUUCAAUGAGACAUCAGAGGAGUUGUUUCUCCCUGAGAGGGUUGACAACAAGACCCAGUGUUUGGCUCUGAUUCAGGAAAACUUCACUGAGGUCCACUGGAAGAACCUGAAGAUCAACUACGACAAUGUUGGAAUGGGCUACCUGUCUCUGCUGCAAGUGGCCACAUUUAAAGGCUGGAUGGAUAUCAUGUAUGCAGCAGUAGACUCAAGAGAGGUGGAGUCCCAGCCAAUGUAUGAGGACAACCUGUACAUGUACCUGUACUUCGUCUGCUUUAUCAUCUUUGGCUCAUUCUUCACCCUCAACCUUUUCAUCGGAGUCAUUAUAGACAACUUCAACCAGCAGAAAGCUAAGAUGGGAGGAGGUGAUAUUUUCAUGACAGAGGAGCAGAAGAAGUAUUACAACGCCAUGAAGAAACUGGGCUCUAAGACACCUCAGAAACCUAUCCCACGGCCUGAGAAUAAGUUUCAGGGUCUGGUCUUUGACUUGGUGACCCAACGUUUUUUUGACGUUCUCAUCAUGGUGUUGAUCUGUCUCAACAUGGUGACUAUGAUGGUGGAAACAGAUGAGCAGAGCAAGGACAAAGAAAUCAUCCUUUACUGGGUCAACCUUGUUUUCAUCAUCAUCUUCUCCACAGAGUGCGGUCUAAAGAUCAUCGCUCUGCGGCAGCACUACUUUGCCGUCGGCUGGAAUAUCUUUGAUUUUGUGGUGGUUAUACUUUCCAUUGCAGGCCUUCUCCUUGCUGACAUCAUAGAAAAGUACUUUGUAUCACCUACGCUCUUUCGUGUGAUCCGAUUGGCUCGUAUUGGCCGAAUCCUUCGUCUUAUUCGUGGAGCCAAAGGGAUCCGGACGCUGCUCUUUGCCUUGAUGAUGUCCCUUCCUGCUCUCUUCAACAUUGGUCUCCUUCUCUUCCUCAUCAUGUUUAUUUUCUCCAUCUUUGGUAUGUCUAACUUUGCCUACGUGAAGAAGGAAGCGAUGAUUGACGACAUAUUUAACUUUGAGAACUUUGGAAACAGCAUGAUCUGCCUCUUCAUGAUCACCACAUCAGCAGGAUGGGAUGGACUGCUAAAUCCCAUCAUGAACACGCCCCCAGACUGCGACCCAGACUUUGAAAACCCAGGAACGACUGUCAGAGGGAACUGCGGCAGCCCAGCAUUAGGCAUCGUUUUCUUCACCACGUACAUCAUCAUGUCCUUUUUGGUGGUGGUUAACAUGUACAUUGCCAUCAUCCUGGAGAACUUCAAUGUAGCUACAGAGGAGAGCAGCGACCCACUGUGUGAAGAUGACUUUGAGAUGUUUUAUGAAACCUGGGAAAAGUUUGACCCCGAUGCCUCACAGUUCAUACAUUACAGUGAGCUGUCAGACUUCUGCGAUGCUCUGCAGGAUCCUCUGAGGAUUCCCAAACCCAACGCUGCCACCCUGAUCCAAAUGGACCUGCCUUUGGUACCCGGAGAAAAGCUGCACUGUCUGGACAUACUGCUUGCUCUCACUGCACAGGUUUUAGGUGAUUCCGGGGCCAUGGAUGCUCUAAAAGGCAACAUGGAAGACAAGUUCACAGCCAACAACCCAUCCAAGGAGUCAUAUGAACCAAUCAGCAGUACUCUGCGGAGGAAACAGGAAGAGGUAGCAGCGACAGUGAUCCAGAGAGCGUACAGGAAGCACCUCCUUCAGCGGGGCAAGGUCAAACGGGUAUCCUACAAAUACGGAGAGAAGCUGGACGGACGACAGGACAAGCCACCAGAGACAGAAGCAACUCUUUCUAAAGGACUGAGUCAGCCGUACAGCGGCAGCCACGAGCAGACGGCUUCAGGUCAGGUGCAUCCCACCCGGGUAGAGCUUCAGAGCGAGUUUGUUCUCCGCGCCGCCCCGCCGUGCAGCACUCAUGAGUUUGUUCAAGAUGAGAACCUGAGGGAAUCUGUCGUGUGACAGCACACCUGUUCCUCCAGUUUCUCCUCUCACCUGUGGAAGCUGCAGCUGGCGUUCUUUCUACAAACUCAGCAGAGACUCUGUUUUUCCGGUGUGUUCAGAGGUUAACACCAUUGUUAAUGCCCUGUGUGACGUCAAACUUUGCAGGUGACCCUGAUUAUUGAUUGUUUCUGAGUCACCUCGAUCGACUCAAAUGUUAUGACGGAUGUGUUUGAGAUUGUAUCUAAAACUGCCUGAGACAGUACUCAUUAAUUCAUAACAGGCAUGUGCUACUAACCUGAACCUAAGAGCUGACAGCUAACCACAUGUUUACCUAUUUAAUUAACAUUUCAUCAACAAAAGACUCAACCUACAAGUUGUUUGUAUUCCCAGUUCUUAAUACUUCCAGUUUGUUGAAUGCAGCUGCAGGUGCUUUCUUUAUGCAAAAUCAAAGCUUCUGCAGAGUUGAUAAAACGGGAAGUGUUGUUUUACUGGCUGAGGCAGCUUGUUUGCUGUAUGCUGACACUGUUCCUGAUUGGUGAACAUUUCUGACACACUAAUGGCAUAAAAGCAAACACCCCUCAAAGACUGCUGCACACCUUUUUAAUAAAACAUGUCCAUGUACCUGGAAAUGAAAAGAAAUAAAACUGUUACACUGAAAAUGGACAGCCAAUAGGAACAGGCUGUUUUUGUGAUGUAAACAGUGUUUAUUCACUGAAGAAGAAGAGAAGUAAUUUCUUUUUUCUCUUUUUAUGGACUCUGCUGAGUUUCAGUGAUCCUAAAACCUUUGUCUCUUCUCAAAAUACAUUUAUGUUGGUUUUUUUACAGACUUCACUUGCAGGUGAACUUUGUCAAACUGUCUUCUUGUUGUUAAGAAACUUUUGCUUCAUGUGGUGGAUGAGUCUCAGCCAUCUGAGUGGUCAGUUGGAUGGAGGAUAGUUGUGACCUGCAGUAAAACAAAGCUUCUGUAAGUGUUGUCAUGACGUUUAUGUCUGUACAUAUCAAUAAAGUUUUCCGAUUCGCAACUGCGCUUCCACCUGGACGCUAAGUAUUCACACCUUCAGAUUUCUCUUCCUGUCUGGCUCAGAGGCGACAGCUGCUGUCGAGUCUAAAUGGCCAAAGUUCAAAGAGAAAGACAAGAAGAGCAACAGCUGACCAAGGAUCUCACACACA